CGUAGUUUCUGAAGCGCCGCGCGUGAGGCAAUAGCUUGGGUCACUGGAGUCAGCAAACUACAAGUCCCGGCGGGCUCAGCGCCUUACCCCUUCCGGGUUGCGCGUCUGGUCCCUUUCUCAGCCAGCGGCAGAGGGGGCACGAUGAAGCUAGCGGGUGGUGCUGCCGCUCCCGGGCAGCAGGCGGGGGAUGCUGCCCAAGGACCCCGCAUGCCUCUCUAGAGCAUGAGCUCGGGCAAGAGCACCCGCUACAACCGCUUCUCUGGGGGUCCCACCAACCUUCCUUCCCCAGACGUCAGCACCGGGACCAGAAUGGAAACGACCUUCGGGCCUGCCUUUUCAGCUGUCACCACCAUCACCAAAGCUGAUGGGAGCAGCACGUACAAACAGCACCGAAGGACACCUUCCUCCUCCAGCACCCUUGCCUACUCCCCGAGGGAUGAGGAGGACAGCAUGCCCCCCAUCAGCACCCCCCGCCGUUCCGACUCAGCCAUCUCUGUCCGCUCCCUGCACUCCGAGUCCAGUAUGUCCCUGCGCUCCACGUUCUCACUGCCUGAGGAGGAAGAGGAGCCGGAGCCACUGGUGUUCGCCGAGCAACCAUCAGUGAAGCUGUGCUGCCAGCUCUGCUGCAGUGUAUUCAAGGACCCUGUGAUCACCACAUGUGGGCACACGUUCUGUAGAAGAUGUGCCUUGAAGUCAGGGUUAGUAUGCUGCCCCUCCCCAGAGAAAUGUCCUGUGGACAACGCCAAGCUGACAGUGGUGGUGAACAACAUUGCGGUGGCUGAGCAGAUUGGGGAGCUCUUCAUCCACUGCAGGCACGGCUGUCGCGUGGCAGGUGUGGGGAAGCCCAGCGUCUUUGAGGUGGACCCCCGGGGGUGCCCCUUCACCAUAAAGCUCAGCGCCCGAAAGGAUCACGAAAGCAGCUGUGACUACAGGCCAGUGCGCUGCCCUAACAACCCCAGCUGUCCUCCCCUCCUCAAGAUGAACCUAGAGGCCCACCUCAAGGAAUGCGAGCAUAUCAAGUGUCCCCACUCCAAGUACGGGUGUGCAUUCAUUGGGAACCAGGACACAUAUGAGACACAUCUGGAGACGUGCCGCUUUGAGGGCCUGAAGGAAUUCCUGCAGCAGACAGAUGACCGCUUCCAUGAGAUGCAUGUGGCUCUGGCACAGAAGGACCAGGAGAUCGCCUUCCUGCGCUCUAUGCUGGGCAAGCUCUCAGAGAAGAUCGACCAACUAGAGAAGAGCCUCGAGCUCAAGUUUGAUGUCCUGGAUGAGAACCAGAGCAAACUCAGUGAGGACCUCAUGGAGUUCCGGAGGGAUGCAUCCAUGUUGAAUGAUGAGCUGUCCCAUAUCAAUGCACGGUUGAACAUGGGCAUCCUAGGAUCCUAUGACCCUCAACAGAUCUUCAAAUGCAAAGGGACUUUUGUGGGCCACCAGGGUCCUGUCUGGUGUCUCUGUGUUUACUCCAUGGGUGACCUGCUCUUCAGCGGCUCUUCUGACAAGACUAUCAAGGUGUGGGACACCUGUACCACCUAUAAGUGCCAGAAAACACUAGAAGGCCAUGAUGGCAUUGUGCUGGCUCUCUGCAUCCAGGGGUGCAAACUGUACAGUGGCUCUGCAGAUUGUACCAUCAUUGUGUGGGACAUCCAGAACCUGCAGAAGGUGAACACCAUCCGGGCCCAUGACAACCCUGUAUGCACGCUGGUGUCCUCUCACAACAUGCUCUUUAGUGGCUCCCUGAAGGCCAUCAAGGUCUGGGACAUCGUGGGCACUGAGCUCAAGUUGAAGAAGGAGCUCACAGGCCUCAACCACUGGGUGCGGGCCCUGGUAGCAGCUCAGAGCUACCUGUACAGUGGCUCCUACCAGACAAUCAAGAUCUGGGACAUCCGGACCCUUGACUGUAUCCACGUCCUGCAGACGUCUGGUGGCAGUGUCUACUCUAUUGCUGUGACGAAUCACCACAUUGUCUGUGGCACCUAUGAGAACCUCAUCCACGUGUGGGACAUCGAGUCCAAGGAGCAAGUGCGGACCCUCACAGGCCAUGUAGGCACCGUGUAUGCCCUGGCAGUCAUCUCAACACCAGACCAGACCAAAGUCUUCAGUGCAUCCUAUGACCGGUCCCUCCGAGUCUGGAGUAUGGACAACAUGAUCUGCACACAGACCUUGCUCCGCCACCAGGGCAGUGUGACUGCUCUGGCCGUAUCCCGGGGCCGGCUCUUCUCAGGGGCUGUGGAUAGUACCGUGAAGGUUUGGACAUGCUAACAGAAUCCAAGCCAGGCCUCAGCUCCCUCUGGGCCUUGCCUGAGCCAAGCUGGUCACACAAGGUGGCCUUUGGGUUUCUGCCUGCCAUGUGAGGACAGGUAAAUGUGCUCAAGUGACCAGGCAGUGUCCACCCUGCUCCACACUCUGCAAGCCUCCUUCUGCUUGGUCCUGCCUUCACUCUUGCCAGGGCAAGGCCCAGGCCCCUCUGGGUGCCAGGUACGACACUCCAACCCAUCCUUCAUCUACACUCCAGAUGAACUGAGAGCCUUUUUACUCCACCUUUUCUACUGUUUUUAGACUGUAUAUAGAUUUGAUUACUUCCUGAUUGAAAUAAAAGUGGCACAGACUGUG